CGCGGAGUGGGUCCGCCGAGGUCUGUUGUGAGUCCCCGCUCUUUAAGACUAAUGGAGAGCAGAGAAUUCUUUCCUCUCUUGUAUAGCAGUUUCUUCUCUGGUGACGACUGUGCCCACCGGCGGGCUGGGGAGAGGAGAAAAGGCACGACAAUCGGUAUCUGAGGGUCAGAGAAGAAAAAAAAAGCACAAAGGUUAAUUCUAGCAGGUUUCAUGUUCACACUUGAUCUAGGUGACCCUGUCCCGAAGACCUAUGGAGCCUGCUACUUCCCUGCAGUCUUGCCUGCUAGCCUCCCUUCUCUUCUUCCUGGUCCUCAGUCUGUUUGUGCUGGUCUCAGCCCAAUUUACUGUCGUGGGACCAGCUGAGCCCAUCCUGGCCAUGGUAGGAGAAAAUACCACACUGCACUGCUGCCUGUCGCCAGAGAGAAAUGCAGAAGACAUGGAGGUGCGGUGGUUUCGGUGGCAUUUCUCCCCUGCAGUGCUGGUGUACAAAGGCCAUCAAGAGAGAACAGAGGAGCAGAUGGCGGCAUAUCGAGGAAGAACCACCUUCGUGAGCGCGGACAUCAGCAAGGGAAGAGUGGGGCUCGUGAUCCACAAUGUCACAGCCUAUGACAAUGGCAUCUACGGCUGUUACUUCCAGCAAGGCAGGUCCUAUGAUCAGGCCAUCAUGAGGCUCCUGGUGGCAAGCCUGGGCUCUAAGCCCCUCAUUAACAUGAAGACCCUUGAGGAUGGGAGCGUCUUGCUGGAGUGCACAUCUGAAGGGUGGUACCCGGAGCCCCACGCUGUGUGGAGAGACCCCUAUUAUGAAGUCAUGCCUGCCCUGGAGGAAGAGUAUAUAGCUGACAGAGGAGGCCUCUUCACGGUCACCAUGACUGUGAUCAUCAGAGACUGUUCUGUGAGGAACAUGACCUGCUCUGUUAACAACACCCUGCUCAACCAGGAGAUGGAGAGUGUGGUUUUCAUUCCAGAAUCCUUCGAGCCCAGUCUUCCUCUCUGGAUGGUAGCCAUGGCUGUCACUCUGCCCGUUCUAAUGUUGAUCCUUCUCGCAUCUGGAAGUAUCUGCCUUGUCAAGAAGCAACACAGGAAAAAAUUGAUCUUGUCUGCUGAGAAAGAAGUUGAAUAUGAAGAAAAAGAAGCUGCACGGCAACUUCAAGAAGAAUUACGAUGGCGAAGAACCCUCUUACAUGCCGACCUACACAUGCAAGGAAAGAAUGAACCACGAUGAUCUGGAUGUAAGCUGGCUCAGACGUCCCUACAGUAAACACUCAGUUCUGAGUCCUGUGUCCAUGCUGACGAAGAUUGGCUUGAGACCUGAGGUCCCUGCUGAGUUAGCCAGGUCCCUAUGGCUCAGGUUUACUAGGGGCAGUAGCAAUUCAAGCUUCUUAGGCUCAGGAUGGCAUCUUCCCUCUCCUCAUUAUGCAAGAUAGGGUCUCACUUUGUAGAACAGGCUGGCCUGGAACUCCCAGAAACCAGCCUGCCUCCACCUGCAGAGUGCUGGGAUUAAAGACAUGCACAGCCAUGCUCUGUUUAUGAUCUUAUGAUAUAUACAAAUGAUUAAGCUCUUCUUUUGGGUUUAUGCCUAUUAAGAUUUGUUUUGGUUUUUUGGUUUUUUUUUCUUUUGAGACACGGUCUUACUGUGUAGCACUGCUGUGGAAAUCUUGACUCUCUUGCUCCAUCUUUUUUUGUUCUUGUUAUCAUUCUUUCAAGACAGGAUCUCAUUAUGUAUCUUUGGCUGUCCUGGAACGCACUGUGUACUGUAGGCUGGCCUUGAACUUACAGAGAUCUGCAGCUGCCUCCUGAGUGCUGUAAUUAAAGGUGUGUUCCACUACACUGGGCUUCACCCCAUCUCUCCAGUGUGGGAUGCAACCAUGCAUAACUAAUGUCUUUUAUUACUGUGGCAUUUGAAAUUGAAAACAGAAAUUUUCAUAAUAUAAAAUAAUUUAUAUUAAAUUAAUAAAAAUUACCAUAGAUUUAUAUGAAUGGUAUACCUUAUUUUAAAAGCUAUUUCUGUACUGGCUAUUUCCCCCCCCACUUUUCUUUACUUUUUUUGUUUUGUUUUUCAACACAGGGUUUUGUUAGGAAUUUUUUCCUAACGCAAGCUCUUUGCUGACGCAAAUUCCCAAUCAAGCCAAAUCAAAACAAGCCAAAUUAAGAAAUAUCCAGGUUUAAUGGGAUUCCUGCGCUCUCAGUUGGCUGUGAAUGCGCAACCACCAGGAGGAAGGAAAAGAGACCACACAUUCUUCUUUUGGGAGUUCAUUUAAGUACCCUGUGGGUGGGGUCAGGACCUGGCGUGUUGGGAUUUGGAGUCCAGACCAAUACAACUCUCAGGCCUGGGGGCUAGGAUAGAUGAGAGGGGCUGGAGUCUCCCAACGUAACAUUCCAGACUCUUUGGAUAUAGAAAUGACAGGAAAUUGAAAUAAUAGACUCUAGGGAAAAGGGCUUUGACUCAAGUCUGACUACUUCCUGCAGGUAUAGGGUGACGUGGGGAAGGGGAGAGCUAGGUGUUGUGGGUCCAUACUCAGCGAGAGGUGUGGCUGGAAAGGCAUAUCAUGUACUGUCUUCCCAGAGAUGCCAGGCAUCUGUUCCUUGGGGAAGGUGAGAAGGCAGGUGUCUAGGAAGAAAAUAUUGUUAUGACCAAAGAUGAG